AUGGACACCCAGAAGGAUGUGCAAUCCCCAAAGCGGCAGCUGAUGAUACAUAUCUGUGGAGAAUGUCCCACAGAAAAUGAAAUAAAAUCCAGUGAUCCAAUCCGAUGCAGAGAAUGCAGAUACAGAAUAAUACACAAGAAAAGGACUAAAAGACUGGUAGUUUCUGACGCUCGAUGA